CUUAUCAUAACCUGAUUCCCCCAAUCCCCAUACCCCUAUCGCUUUCACUGCUCACGCUUCCCCCUCACUUUCUUGCCCCCUUUGCAGAAAGGAAGAGCGAAAGAAAAAGAAGCGGAAGUGACGGACAGCCCUUCUCUCCACCUUCACUCUCUCCAGCGUUUUAAAGCAGAGAAAGAGGAGUGGACGAAUACGACCCAAAACGAAGAAACAACAAGAUGUCGUCGGCGGCGAAGGGCUACGGCGGCGGUGACGGAGAAGCGGAGCAGCUGCUCUACCACUACCACCAUCAGACGUACCACGUGCCUCAAUACAGCCGGCGAGAGAAGCUCCGGUUCCCACCGGAGGAAUCCCCGCCGCCUACCUCCUUCUUCUUCCACCACGAUCCCAACUCUCUCACCACCUUCCUCCCAUCCUCCUCCUCCUCCUCCUCCUUGUCCUACUACUCUCCAAACCCUAGCGAUACUUUCUCUCCAACCACCCAAUUUUCGGGCCAUCAGGGCUUCUCCUUGUCCCUUGCCUCCUCCCCUUCUUCUUCCAAGCCUCCUCCGCCUUCUUUGCCCCACCUCCAGUUCACCGCCGGGCCCGCGCCGAGGCCGGCGGGGCCCUUCACUGGCUACGCCGCCGUCCUGAACCGGUCCCGGUUCCUCGAGCCCGCCCGGCAAAUUCUAGAGGAGAUUUGCGACGCAGGACGUCGACAAGGACUAAGUGGUGGUGGCGGGGGAAUGCUCCUCGAUGCCGAUCCGCCGGAGCUUUCGUCGUUGGAUCAUCAUAAGAUGGAGGGGUUGGCUGGAGGAGAGGUAGAGGGCCGGAUCUCGGGGACCGAGCAGCAGUGGAAGAAAACGAGACUCGUGUCCAUGCUUGACGAGGUCUAUAGAAAAUACAAGCAAUAUUAUCAACAGGUGCAAGCUGUCAUCACAUCAUUUGAAUCUGUGGCGGGCUUGAGGAUUGCAGCUCCGUAUGCCUCCAUGGCCCUCAGAACCAUGUUGAAGCACUUCAGGUGCCUCAAAAAAAAAAUAUCUAAUCAACUAAGUUACGCAAACAAGGUUCUUAGGUCGACAGAAGGCCUCAGUAGAGAAGAGAGCUCAAGCUUUGGCCUCAUUAGUUGUGGUGUUGGUCUCCAAAGAGCACCAAACGACUCUGGCACUUUUGGUCCGGCAAAUAUUUGGCGGCCUCAACGAGGACUUCCUGAACGUGCGGUGUCCGUCCUUCGUGCAUGGCUAUUUGAACACUUCUUGCACCCGUAUCCGACCGACACCGACAAGCAAAUGUUGGCUAAACAAACAGGUCUAACAAGAAACCAGGUCUCAAACUGGUUUAUCAAUGCAAGAGUAAGACUUUGGAAGCCAAUGAUCGAAGAAAUACACACUCUCGACAUGCGACAACUGCAUAGAGCCCCAGCAGCUGAUAGAAACCGUAAAACCGAAGAGCAAACUCAGGUUCCAUCAGCAUCUGUUGCACCUCCGUCCAGUUCUCAACCUCUCUAUGCCAGCAGCAGCCAAAAGAAUCAAAAUCCAUCCACGGAACUCUUUCAAGAUGACCUCACCCACAUAUCCAGCCACAUCCGAGAAUCCUGGAACUUUGUCUAUGAUGAUUUAUCCGGCCAUCAGCACGGAAUGGAUGUCGCUGGUGGUGCGAAGGGUGAUGUUUCUCUCACUCUGGGCCUCCACCAAAACAAUGGUGUUUGCUUAGCAGAGCCGCUUCCUAUGAAUGUCGUUCGCCGUUUUGGCCUUGAAGACUACAGUGAUCCUUAUGUCAUGGGUGCAUUUGAGGGACAAGAUCGACACUUCGGAAAGGAUACCUGGCGGGCACUUCCUUCAUGAUUUGUCGGAUGAAGUGCUCACGAAGUUUACAAAAACUGAAGCAGCUGAUGAUGAGCUAUCAUGUUAACAUCAAUGUACCCAACAUCUCAUCCGGACUCUGUGUGACAUGAAUUUCCAAUCAGAAAUUUGGAAGGUGGUUCUUCAUGAAGUGUCGAGAACGACAGUGCAAGUUGGCCAAGUUGCCGUUUGAGAUGGCUGGGAAUAGUUGCUGAUUGGAAUACAGAAAACAAUGAUGGUCUACCUUGAUUGUAGAGCAUGAGCUGUGUACAUUAAUUGACCUGCUAGCUUAGGCUGCAAGUAAAUCAUUUUAACAAAUGCUUGUGUUUAGCUGGCUAGAAUUAUGGAUUGGAACGUAGGAGCCCAUUUGCCCCAUCUAGGGGAUGCAGGCUAGGCUGUGAAAUGGAGUUUCGUGCUUGUGUCCAGCCAAGACGGAUCUCGGAUGGAUUAUAGGAGCUAAGUUGUAGUCUUCACUGAAACCCAUGUCAAACGGAUCUAUCGUUGAUAUUGGUGUCUCUUUUAAUUUAGUUCUUCCGAGCAGUCGGAAUUUAAUACU